AUGGGCUGUAACAAGAUCAAGUCCUUCUCUUUGAUUGCCAAGCAAAUCUUUGGAACUGGUUUUGUACAAAAAGAUGAGGAAUUUUUGCCUCAAGUUUUUGCGCAAUUAACAAAUGAAGCUACACCUGGUGAGCAACGAUGUGAGUUGAUGAAGUUACUCAAGGAGUUCUGUGCCUUUUCUUUCACAUUACCCGAGAAAAAAGAAUUUCUUGAAACUUUGGCAAAGGUGGGAUUUCUUCCAACUCUCAAAGUGUUAAUGAGAAUGGAUGAUCCGCAGGUUAGAUCUGCUGCUAUGGAUAUAUUGUCUUAUCUAGUAGAAUUUAGUCCAGCCAUGGUGCGAGAAUUUGUGAUGCAAGAGGCCCGGCAGAGUGAGAAUGAUACCCAUCUCCUCACUGAGGUCAUUGAGCAGAUAAUCUGUAGUCCUGACACUGAAUUUGGAGGAGAUCAUCAGUCAAUGAAGAUUUUGUGUGCUCUGAUUGAACCAAAGAAAAUGCUGGCCACAGCUAGUCGUUCAGAGAUCAUUGAAUUCCUCAAUAUCUUCUACAACCGUUACAUUCACGUUCUUACUGCACCGCUUCUGGCUGAUACAUCAGAAGAAUGGUAUGAAAUAGAUAAUUAUCAAACAGCAGAAAAACUUGCCUCAGUUUUGCGGCUGCUGUCUUUUUGUGUGGAACGGCACAGGCAUCACAUGAAGAUUUACAUUAUCAAGAAAAAUCUGCUCGGGAGAGCACUGCUUUUCCAGGUCUGUGAGAGUGCAAAGAACACCAAAGGCUUGCAUCUUCUCUUUGACAUUGUGAGAGGAAUUUUGUACCUGGACAAAACCAUUCUUUUUGAGGUGCUGUUUUCUGCUGAGUGUAUUCUGAAUGUUGUCGGAUGCCUUGAGUAUGAUCCUUGUUUGGCUCAGCCAGGAUGGCACAGGGACUUCUUGACCAAAAUGGCAAAGUUUCAGGAGGUUAUUCCUAUCAGAGACCCUGAAGUCAGGAAAAAAAUCCACCAGAUGUCCAGGGCACAGUACAUUCAGGCCAUCAUCGCGCCUAAUCCAUCAGAUUUUGAAGAGGGCUUUCUUUCUACCCUCAAUUCCUUCAUCAGCUCCAGAAGAGAGGAGAUUCUACAUGGGUUGAAGAAAGAUGAGGAAUUUUUGCCUCAAGUUUUUGCGCAAUUAACAAAUGAAGCUACACCUGGUGAGCAACGAUGUGAGUUGAUGAAGUUACUCAAGGAGUUCUGUGCCUUUUCUUUCACAUUACCCGAGAAAAAAGAAUUUCUUGAAACUUUGGCAAAGGUGGGAUUUCUUCCAACUCUCAAAGUGUUAAUGGGAAUGGAUGAUCCACAGGUUAGAUCUGCUGCUAUAGAUAUAUUGUCUUAUCUAGUAGAAUUUAGUCCAGCCAUGGUGCGAGAAUUUGUGAUGCAAGAGGCCCGGCAGAGUGAGAAUGAUACCCAUCUCCUCACUGAGGUCAUUGAGCAGAUAAUCUGUAGUCCUGACACUGAAUUUGGAGGAAAUCAUCAGUCAAUGAAGAUUUUGUGUGCUCUGAUUGAACCAAAGAAAAUGCUGGCCACAGCUAGUCGUUCAGAGAUCAUUGAAUUCCUCAAUAUCUUCUACAACCGUUACAUUCACGUUCUUACUGCACCGCUUCUGGCUGAUACAUCAGAAGAAUGGUAUGAAAUAGAUAAUUAUCAAACAGCAGAAAAACUUGCCUCAGUUUUGCGGCUGCUGUCUUUUUGUGUGGAACGGCACAGGCAUCACAUGAAGAUUUACAUUAUCAAGAAAAAUCUGCUCGGGAGAGCACUGCUUUUCCAGGUCUGUGAGAGUGCAAAGAACACCAAAGGCUUGCAUCUUCUCUUUGACAUUGUGAGAGGAAUUUUGUACCUGGACAAAACCAUUCUGUUUGAGGUGCUGUUUUCUGCUGAGUGUAUUCUGAAUGUUGUCGGAUGCCUUGAGUAUGAUCCUUGUUUGGCUCAGCCAGGAUGGCACAGGGACUUCUUGACCAAAAUGGCAAAGUUUCAGGAGGUUAUUCCUAUCAGAGACCCUGAAGUCAGGAAAAAAAUCCACCAGAUGUCCAGGGCACAGUACAUUCAGGCCAUCAUCGCGCCUAAUCCAUCAGAUUUUGAAGAGGGCUUUCUUUCUACCCUCAAUUCCUUCAUCAGCUCCAGAAGAGAGGAGAUUCUACAUGGGUUGAAGAAAGAUGAGGAAUUUUUGCCUCAAGUUUUUGCGCAAUUAACAAAUGAAGCUACACCUGGUGAGCAACGAUGUGAGUUGAUGAAGUUACUCAAGGAGUUCUGUGCCUUUUCUUUCACAUUACCUGAGAAAAAAGAAUUUCUUGAAACUUUGGCAAAGGUGGGAUUUCUUCCAACUCUCAAAGUGUUAAUGAGAAUGGAUGAUCCACAGGUUAGAUCUGCUGCUAUAGAUAUAUUGUCUUAUCUAGUAGAAUUUAGUCCAGCCAUGGUGCGAGAAUUUGUGAUGCAAGAGGCCCGGCAGAGUGAGAAUGAUACCCAUCUCCUCACUGAGGUCAUUGAGCAGAUAAUCUGUAGUCCUGACACUGAAUUUGGAGGAGAUCAUCAGUCAAUGAAGAUUUUGUGUGCUCUGAUUGAACCAAAGAAAAUGCUGGCCACAGCUAGUCGUUCAGAGAUCAUUGAAUUCCUCAAUAUCUUCUACAACCGUUACAUUCACGUUCUUACUGCACCGCUUCUGGCUGAUACAUCAGAAGAAUGGUAUGAAAUAGAUAAUUAUCAAACAGCAGAAAAACUUGCCUCAGUUUUGCGGCUGCUGUCUUUUUGUGUGGAACGGCACAGGCAUCACAUGAAGAUUUACAUUAUCAAGAAAAAUCUGCUCGGGAGAGCACUGGUCUUGCUGAAAUGCAAACACAAAUUUCUGGCCUUGUCUGCUCUUCGCUUCAUGAGGAAGAUAAUUGGCCUGAAAGAUGACCUUUACAACCGCUACAUCACCAAGAGGAACCUGUUUGAACCAGUUGUGAAUGCUGUGCUGGACAAGAGGAACAGGUGCAACCUGCUCCAGUCUGCCUUGCUGGAGCUGUUUGAGUUCAUCCGAAUGCAGGAUAUUCAGCUCCUUAUUGCACAUAUAGUUAAGAACUUCUCUGAUGCCCUGGAAUCUGUCAAAUACAUUCCCACAUUGCAGGGACUGAAGACAAAAUAUGAGCAAGAAAAAGAGCGGAAAAACGAGAAAGUGACCAGUGUCCCUUCCAAAUUGCCUGAUAAGACGUUUGUCAAAGAAACCGUAGUCUUACCAGUGACUGAAGAUCUGCAGGUCAGUGAAGGUGAAGAGAAGGCAGCUCCAAUGUCACCACCAAGCUCCACUGGCUCCUGUCCAACCUACACAACCCUGAGCCCAGUGGUGACAUCCCCCAAGAGAGGUCUAUUUGAAGUAUUUGCUCAUCCUGAUGAUGAAGAUGGGACAGUGCUAAAGAAAAGAGCUCGUCUGGAUUCCUAAGGGAAACUGAAUUUUUUUAAUAGGAACUUUUAUUAUGGGUUUUCCAGUGCUGCAACUGUUUAAUGCUAAAAUACUGAACCAGUA